UAAGAAAACCCAUUCCUUUAUAGACCAUGCAUCCUGUGUCCUUGUAGCAUAUAUAUAAGCAUAUUCAAGUAGCAUCAUAAAGCAUUCUUCAAAACAAAAACAAAAGAGCCUUGCAGGGAACAAGAAGGUGGAAGAGUAGUUAAUUGAAGUCAUGGUUUGCUUCUGUUUUCUGGUGGAUCAAAGCAGGAAGGUGAAGGAGAGCAAGCCGGUGGCAGGGUCAUGCUCGCGUUGCGGCGGCGGCGCGAGCGUGGCGGACAUGAUCACACAGACGAGAUUCUGCUACGUUCCUUUCUACUGGAAAUCUUGGAAGGCUAUUAUUUGCACUUUUUGUGGAGCUAUGCUCAAGUCUUAUAGAUGAGGAAAAAAUAUAUUGAUUGCAAAUCAGCAAAUGGAAUCAACGAACGCCAAUUUCCAAUUCUAACCAUAGUUGACAAGAACGCACGCAGCACAGGUACGGUUCAAGGCUUAUUUUAAUGUGAAAUUGCUAGGUGGGUGAUGCCGGAUGCGUGAGACCGUGAAUCUGGAAAUUGUAAUUAACACAGAGAUGAGUGAUGUAUAGGAAUUAUUUUGGAAUUAUUUGUGAUGUAAACCGUAUUUGGAUCCUCUGCAUUAAUUUAUGUCAUGAAUAUUGGUCUUUUAUUUAUAUUAUAAAAAUAAAUUAAUAUUUUGGAAGAUUUUUUACCUUCA